AUGAAUGGUGGUGGACUCUGGCCUAAUCAGGCUCAACGAGUGAGAACAUAUACAAAGGUUCAAAAACGAGGGUCAGUAGGAAGAUCAAUAGAUGUUACACGCUAUAGCGGCUAUGAAGAACUGAGAAAUGACUUAGCAAUAAUGUUUGGCACCGAAGGACAGCUGGAGGAUCCACAACCCUCUGAUUGGAAACUCGUCCACACAGAUCAUGAAAACGGUAUGCUGCUCGUUGGUGAUGAUCCUUGGGAGGAGUUUGUGAGCUGCGUGCAAAAUAUAAAGAUACUAUCAUCAGUAGAAGUCCAGCAAAUGAGUUUAGACGGAGAUCUUGCAGCUAACCCAACCACAAAGUAA